UGGGCUAGCCCAGGCCGGCGAGGGAGCGGCGGGGCCGGCGCCAUGGCCGAGCGGGGCCGCCUGGGCCUGGCCGGCGCGCCCGCCGCGCUCAACACGCCGGUGCCCAUGAACCUGUUCGCCACCUGGGAGGUGGACGGCUCCAGCCCCAGCUGCGUGCCCAGGUUGUGCAGCCUGACCUUGAAGAAGCUGGUGGUCUUCAAGGAGCUGGAGAAGGAGCUCAUCUCGGUGGUGAUUGCUGUCAAGAUGCAGGGCUCCAAGCGGAUCCUGCGGUCCCACGAGAUCGUGCUGCCCCCCAGUGGACAAGUGGAAACUGACCUGGCGCUGACGUUCUCCCUGCAGUACCCCCACUUCUUGAAAAGAGAAGGCAACAAGCUUCAGAUCAUGUUGCAGCGAAGAAAGCGGUACAAGAACCGGACGAUCCUGGGCUACAAAACGCUGGCGGCUGGUUCCAUCAACAUGGCCGAGGUGAUGCAGCAGCCGUCGGAGGGCGGCCAGGUGCUGAGCCUCUGCAGCAACAUCAAGGAGGCCGCGGUCAAGGUGGCCGAGAUCUGGAUCUUCUCCCUGUCCAGCCAGCCUAUCGACCACGAGGACAGCACCAUGCAGGCCGGCCCCAAGGCCAAGUCCACCGAUAACUACUCCGAGGAGGAGUACGAGAGCUUCUCCUCCGAGCAGGAAGCCAGCGACGACGCCGUGCAGGGGCAGGAUUUGGACGAGGAUGACUUCGACGUGGGGAAGCCCAAGAAGCAACGGCGAUCGAUAGUAAGAACGACGUCCAUGACCAGGCAACAGAACUUCAAGCAGAAGGUCGUGGCCCUGCUGCGGAGAUUUAAAGUUUCCGACGAGGUCCUGGACUCGGAGCAGGACCCUGCAGAGCAUGUCCCCGAGGUGGAGGAGGACCUGGACCUUCUGUACGACACGCUGGACAUGGAGAACCCCAGUGACAGCGGCCCCGACAUGGAGGACGACGACAGCGUCCUCAGCACCCCCAAGCCAAAGCUCAGGCCGUACUUCGAAGGCUUGUCCCACUCCAGCUCGCAGACAGAGAUCGGGAGUAUCCACAGUGCCCGGAGCCAGAAGGAGCCUCCGAGUCCGGCUGACGUGCCUGAGAAGACGCGGGCCCUCGGAGGGAAGCAGCCAAGUGACAGCAUCUCCGAUUCCGUGGCCCAUAGCGCGCCCACCCCGGGGGAGCAGCCAGCCCCGCCCGAGGACAGCCCGGAGGUGGAGCCCUCUGCCCUGGACACGUUCACCGAGAAGCUGCCACCCAGUGGGCGGAUCACCAAGACAGAGUCUCUGGUCAUUCCCUCCACCAGGGCCGAGGGGAAGCAGGCCGGCCGCCGGGGCCGGAGCACGUCGCUGAAGGAGCGGCAGCCGGCGCGUCCGCAGAACGAGCGGGCCAACAGCCUGGACAACGAGCGCUGCCCGGACACUCGGAGCCAGCUGCAGAUCCCCAGGAAGACUGUGUAUGACCAGUUAAACCACAUCCUCAUCUCAGAUGACCAGCUCCCCGAAAACAUCAUUCUUGUCAACACCUCGGACUGGCAGGGGCAGUUCCUCUCAGACGUCCUGCAGCGGCACACGCUCCCCGUGGUGUGCACGUGCUCUGCUGCCGACGUCCAGGCGGCCUUCAGCACUAUCGUCUCUCGGAUACAGAGAUACUGCAACUGCAAUUCCCAGCCGCCGACCCCCGUGAAGAUCGCCGUGGCGGGAGCGCAGCAUUACCUCAGCGCCAUUCUGCGGCUCUUCGUGGAGCAGCUGUCCCACAAGACCCCCGACUGGCUGGGCUACAUGCGCUUCCUCGUCAUCCCGCUGGGCUCCCACCCGGUGGCCAGAUACCUGGGCUCCGUGGACUACAGGUACAACAACUUCUUCCAGGAUCUGACCUGGAGAGACCUAUUCAACAAACUGGAGGCCCAGAGCGCCGUGCAGGACACGCCGGACAUUGUGUCGAGGAUCACGCAGUACAUCUCAGGGGCCAACUGCGCCCACCAGCUGCCCAUCGCGGAGGCCAUGCUGACCUACAAGCAGAAGAGCCCCGACGAAGAGUCCUCUCAGAAGUUCAUUCCCUUCGUAGGGGUGGUGAAGGUUGGAAUAGUGGAGCCAUCUUCGGCCACUUCAGCCCACAGCUGCCUGGCCUCCCCGCCAUGUCUGGGUCCAGAGGGCUUGGGGCAGAGCAGCGCGGGAGCUCAGCACUGGCCCCCGACUCCUUCCCAAGGUGACUCAGAUGACGCGGCCCCCUCGGGCUCCAGCGCACUCUCGUCCACCCCGCCGUCCACAUCUCCUGCGGCCAAGGAGGCCUCACCCACCCCGCCCUCCUCCCCGUCGGUGAGCGGGGGCCUGUCCUCCCCCAGCCAGGGCGUCGGCGCCGAGCUGAUGGGGCUGCAGGUGGAUUACUGGACGGCAGCCCAGCCCGCAGACAGGAAGAGAGAUGCGGAGAGGAAGGACCCGCCCACCACCAAAAACACACUCAAGUGCACCUUCCGGUCUCUCCAGGUCAGCAGGCUGCCCAGCAGCGGCGAGGCUGCGGCCACGCCCACCAUGUCCAUGACCGUGGUCACCAAGGAGAAGAACAAGAAGGUGAUGUUUUUGCCCAAGAAAACCAAGGACAAGGAUGUAGAGUCCAAAAGCCAGUGCAUUGAGGGCAUCAGCCGCCUCAUCUGCACCGCCAAGCACCAGCAGAACAUGCUGCGGGUCCUCAUCGACGGUGUGGAGUGGAACGACGUCAAGUUCUUCCAGCUGGCGGCCCAGUGGUCCUCCCACGUCAAGCACUUCCCCAUCUGCAUCUUCGGACACUCCAAGUCCACCUUUUAGCCCCGCCUGCCAAGGGGCCGCGCCGGCUCCCCGCCCUGCAGCCCUGCGAUGGCCGAGCGCCGGGAGGGCCCAGCUGCUUUUCUGUUAACAUUUCAGUUUACUGCAGAGACAGACCCUUAAAAACCCAGAGAAAAACAGUCUUAAGUAUGAACAUGCUCACUACCUGGAAACUAACGGGGCAGCCCCCCACCGGGACCCCACAACUGCUCUGCUUCUUAACCAGAACGUUCGGCAGGGGUGGGAGGUCAGGCGGACAGUGUUGAACUUGAGAAUCGUGGAAGGUGUGUUGUGGCCUCAGGACUCCCCCCACCCAGCCCCCCAACAAGAAGGGUUCUUGCCUUUGCGUCCUGUCCUUCCUGAAAGCCAGGACUCUGCUUCCUCGGAGCCAGGGUCCGGCAGGCGGCCACCCCGACCCCCGGCUGCCUGUGUGCCCAGGCACCGAGCUGGGUGGCCAGAGGCCAAAGGCCAGCCUUCUGUCGGGGGCGUCCUGGGCAGAACAGAGGCCAGUCAGGCCAGUCAGCCCAGCCCUGGGCCCCAGCCACCAACCAGGCAAGAGAUGCCCCGGCACCGCCCACUCGUGGAUCCCAGUGACCUCCAGCCACAGGGGGCAGUGGCGGUUUUAUAGUCGCGGAUUUUUUAAUGCUUUCAAAUACAUGUUGCAAUGUAGCUGCCAAAAAGACGUUGCUCUUCUGAAGCCCCGACAGCCCCUUAGGGCUGAGGCAGAGCAGCUGUGCUGCCCGGGGUCCCCGCCCCCCACACCCACUGCUCCCCCCCGGCCGUCCCCGCGGCGCCGCUCUGCUUCUGCGAGUUGUGCCUGCCCCAGACUUAGUGGGCACGGUGGCUUCCGCAGCUGCCACCUCCUGCCCCCACCCCAGCCCCCGUGCUGGCUGGGAGGUGUUUGGCCAGGCAGCCAGGUGUUUGUCCUCUGAAACACUAAUGUGGCCAGUUAGAGCUCAGACAAGGCGGCCAGACCAUAGGGGCCAAGCCCCGUUGGGGCUGUGGGUGAAGCUGGGGCCCCACCUCUAGGCCGGGCUCCUCAGGACGGAGAUGUUUGUGGUCUGGGUCCCUGCGGAGGGGGGGCGAGCCUACCCUCCACCUGAGGCCAGGGUCCUCGCCAGUCCUCCCACUACCCCACAGGCCUGCACCCCAGCACUCCACAGGAAGAGCCCCCCAGCUCCUGCCCCUUGGCAGCUGUGGCGGUAGGACCGUGGUGACCCACCCAGGGGGCUGUGAGCCCAGUUUCCUAGGGCCGAGAGCCACACAUGCUGUGCUCAGAAACAGUGCCAAACGCAGACAGGCUGCAGGCCUUUCCCGCUCUUCUGGAGGACGGGCCUCACCAACAGCCUGUGGCACAGAGGGGUCCCACUUAGUGGAUGGAAAAUGGCUUAUUUUAUUACCUGCUUACCUCCCCCAGGUGGCUGUACGGGGUCCGAGUGUCCAUGGCUGAGGGCCUUGGACCUAGCUGGCAGACAGCGUUUGGACAUGGCCUUGGACCAGGGGCCCUGCCCCUCCCUGGGAAGGACCUGGGGGAGGGUGCAGGCCGCUGAGCUGAGGACCCCUUGGGCGGCCUGUGCAGCAUGUGCCUGCGGCUACACUCAGAAGCAGCCUGGGGACCUUGAGCCUCCCCCCUCGUUCCCACCACUGGCCUCAGGGCCUUGGUUACUGCUCGCGUUUCCAAAGGUCACACUCAACGGGAAGGAGGUGCAGGUGACACACCCUUGACUUAGCUUUCCAGCUGCAGAGCUAGUUUUAGAAGAAGGGCCAAAGGGGGCUGUCCCAUCCACCCCUACUGUGAGCUGUCUUCCUCACGCCUCCCUGUGUCCUUGUACCCACAAGGAGAAGACACCCAGCACCUCCACCCUGUGCCGCUGGGCCUGCAGAGCCCAGUUGUGGUCUGUCCAGUGCCACGGGGCCCACCGGCCACACUGUUUAUGGGCCCAGGAGGUCGUGCAGAUGACCCCAACCACCAUAACUCACUUGGAGACCUGGGCUUUGCUCACGCUGGUGCCUCGGUUUCCCCAUCGGCUAAACGGGGAUGGUCACGUUUCCCCAGCCUACCUCAUGGAGCUGUUCUGAGGAUACAUACAAAAGCACUUUGUCCCUGGGAGGAAGGUGAUGCAGAAGCCAAAGCCGUCUGUGACUGAGCCAGUGCAGCCGUGAGCACGUGGAGGGCGGUGGGGGCAAGUGAGGAACACGGGCCCCAGACCAUGACCCACAGGACAGGAGCAGGGGUCCUCAGCCCAUUGGGUGACCAGUGGUCCUUAGGACUCAAAGGUUAAGCCACCAGCCACCUUCGGGUAAGGCCAGGCUCCUCGUGGGCCUGGUGGCAUGGUGUGGGCAAGCUCUGCCCUCGCUGAGGUCCCGUGGAGGUGAGCUCCAGCCCUGUAUCCCGGCCACUGCUUCUCCCUCCUUGUGUUGGUCCCCUGGGUCCCCAUCUCCUCAGGGCAUGCAGGCCGGUGUCCCGAGUCAGUGUCACGGCUGCAGAUCCGGAAGGAGAGGGACUCUGGGCCCAGAACCAAAGGUCUCUGUGCAGCAGCAGGCAGAUCAGAGCAGCCAGGGCCAGCAUUGCUGCCCUGUCCUCACUCCCAGAUAUGAAGACCUGACUGGCCUUUGUCCCAGAACAGGUUCCUCAUGACAAGACCGGGCCACUUGCUCCCAAAGGCCAGUUGCCUGACCCCUACACCUGUUCCUUGACCCCUCCCGAGACCCGUCCUGUCCUCCGGUGGAGAGGAAGAUAAGUCCUUGGCAGGGGCCUGAGGACUGGGCUUGGGGGUCCCUCCCCCAGGGGAGGCUAAGGGGUGCCGCCGUGCGUUCCUGCAGACCCCCCGUCCAGUUCUUUGUGCGUUGUUUGGUUUCUAGGAUGUACGUGUUGCUAGGUUUUUGUGUGUUUUUUUUAAAUGGAAAACAGGAUUAAUGUAAAUAGCGUUUUUGGAAAACAGAUUCUAAUCUCACGUUAUGUGACCACGUGGAGUAUUUUAAGGUGCUGAUGCGACACUAAUAAACGCGGGGAGCACUCCCAGGCCCUC